AGCCCCCUUCCACCACUGGCCCCCGCGCUGGGGGGCAGCUGCCGGGAGAGCAGGAGCGUCCCAGCAGCCGGAGCCUUCCUGGGGGAAUCGCAGAAGGAUAAUCAGGAGCCUCUGAUGGAGCUCACAGUGUCAGUGUUAAAUAACACCCGCUCACGGCAGUUGAGGGGGGCAGGACUCAUUCCAGAACUAUUAAUAUAGCCCCUAUUUAUACUCCUGGGUUCCUGCGGACGGCGCAGCAGAGAGCUACAGCUGCAGGGCUAAAAUGGAAUAAAUGUCAGCCUGUGGGGAGAAAGGGACCCUUUCAGCCAUCCUGUGCGAAGGGAGAGAGUGAAAGGACAGAAUGCGGGCAGGUUUCAGACCUGGGGACGCGGAGCGAAGGGAUCGCGGCACCGUUGCAGCAGUGGGCAGAGCCAGGCAGUAACCUCCCUGCAGCUGGCAAGUCUGCGCUGAGAGGCUGCCAGGAGCACAGUCAGCGUCAGAGGCAGCACCUACCGGUACCGGCAGGGACCAGAGCUGCUGCUCUACAGCUCCAGACCCAGGUGUGACUCAGGACAAAGGAGCAAGAGCCUGAAGGGGCCUGUCGGGGGUCUUUCAGUGCGCUGGCUGCUGGAGCGGAAGGAUGAUGGAGAGCACGGGGGGACCGUAUCUGAACACAGCUGCUGUGACGUCUCCCGUGGGAAUAGCUCGUUUGCUGCAGGUGACGUUUGGGUGCACCACGUUCAGCCUGGUAGCACACCAGGGGGGGUUCAGCGCAGCGUACGGCACUUUCUGCAUGUUUGUCUGGACCUUCUGCUUCGCCAUCACCGUCUUCAUCAUCACCUGCGAAUUCACGCACCUGCACAGCUGCCUGAGUAUCUCCUGGGGGAACUUCACUGCCGCUUUUGCCAUGCUCGCCACGCUCAUGACCGUCACGGCCGCGGUGAUCUACCCGCUCUACUUCGUGCAGCUCGGCUGUUACCCCAUCGGCUGUGAGGUGAGAGACUUCCGCAUCGCAGCCAGCGUCUUCGCAGGCCUCCUGUUUUUCACAUACGCCGCCGAGGUGUUCUUAACCAGGGCAAAGCCGGGGCAAGUCACCAGCUACAUGGCCACCAUCUCCGGGCUCCUGAAAAUCGUGCAGGCCUUCGUGGCCUGCAUCAUCUUCGGGGCGCUGGUGAACGACAGCCAGUACGGUAAAUACGUGGCGACGCAGUGGUGCGUGGCUGUCUACAGCUUCUGCUUUGUGGUGACCGUGGUGGUGGUGGCCUUCAGCGUCACAGGUAAGACCGCCUUGCUGUGGUUCCCCUUCGAGCGCUCCGUGGUCGUCUACACCUUCGGGGCCGUGCUGCUGUACGUGAGCGCAGCGGUCAUCUGGCCGGUGUUCUGCUUUGACAGCAAGUACGGGUCCCCGCGGCGCCCUGGCCUCUGCGCCAAGGGCAAGUGCCCCUGGGACAGCCAGCUGGUGAUCGCCAUCUUCACCUACGUGAACCUGCUGCUCUACGUGGUGGACCUGGCCUACUCCCAGCGCAUCCGCUUCGUCUCGCACCUCUGAGGCGCGGCUCUGCCGCUGCAAAGGCGUCCCAGCGCCGCGGGCAACAGCAGCCGGGGACGCAGCAGGAGAUGGGGGGGCAGGGAAGGGGGGCGUUGAUCAGGACAUCAGAACCAUCAACCAAACUUUAAGGUCAAGACUGACCGGACCAGCAAAUUAACCACCCGCAGCGGGUGGGCUGAGCUGGCGCUGGGAAAAGCCCACGUCCCCCACGGUUCCACACCCGCCUCAGCCGCCCGGUGCCAGAGCGAGGAAACGGUGCAGCCGAACGGAGGGCAAAGGGCCUUUCGGCUCUGGGCGGCACAAAUGCUGCUGCAACAGCGGGUCUGCAGGCUGCUGGGUUACCCAGCCAAAUAUUAGGAAAGACACCAAGGAUUUUGAAACUGUUACCAGCGCUUCACUGUAAUCAAGUGACUACCCAGGAAGUGGGAAAGUUAAAAGCUGCAUCAAGGAACACCAGUUCUGGAGAUGAAUAACAAUCCCUCAGAGUUUGGGUUAGUUUGGGCUGUGUGGUGAGACAUGAAAUGUUUGCAAGUGUGGGAAGCUGCAGUCAGGAUGUUUCUGAAAAGAACCUCAUAGCUGUAAGAGUAUUUUGAAGAUUACCAGUCCUUUCCCUUCCUCUCCAAUCCUUCGCUGUUUAGCACAGAAAAAGAAUAUCCUCAAGCAUGCACCUUGGGGGGAAGCAUGGGAUAUUCCUACUUAGCAAACACUGAGUCACUACAGAAAUGAAAAUCUGUGAAAUUGGGGCUCUACUGCUGAGAAACAGGGUGCAGAACCAAGCCAAACUGCAAAAUAACCACGUGUAGCUUGACAUCCUCGCUCGAGCAGGACCAGAAGGUACCUGGGCAUGUGCUUUGUCUCAGUUCAUACGCCACCAUUUCUUUAUACUGUUAUCAAGAUUUUUUUUCUGCAAGCUUAAAUUCUGGGGGGAGGGGGGAAGGGGAUGCAGAUACGAACUGAUCUCACAGCACCGUAUAAAAGACCAAAGCGGGGAGGCACAGAUGGGACAGGACACGACGAAACUCGCGUACUAUGGUAAGAGAGCGGGAGCUGCCCCAGCCCAGAUCAGGCACUGGGAUUCCCGAGCUCUUUGCGUCACCAACAAGCUGCAUUUCUCUGACCCAUCCCUGACAAAACACCCACUUUGAAGUCCCACAUCGCAUAGCUCAGAUUUCAAGCUUAAUAGGAAGAAAUGUUCUUCAUUUCUGAUCCAGCGAGAAACCAAAGCAGCCUGAGUACUUGUGCAGAAAGCAUGCAGACUAGAUAGGUUUGAUUAAAAUCUAAAGUAGCUGACUGUCAGAAGCAAGAUUUAUUUUUAAACAAAUUAAAACAAAGCUGAAUGGCUGACUUACAUACUACAUCUCC